AUAAACGAAGAAGAAGAAGAGAAGGCAAUAAUGGCAGCCAAGAAACUCCCUGAGGACCUCAUAGUGGAAAUACUUUCAAGGCUUCCGGUCAAAUCUCUUCUAAGAUUCAGGUGUGUAUGCAAACCCUGGUGUGUUCUUAUUACCGAUCCUACUUUCGUCAAAAUGCACAUCAACCGAUCCCUUGCAACCAAUAGCAACCUCAUCUUCAUUCUCAUAAAACCCUCUUUUAAUCUCCAGUUUUUUAAUUUAAAUGAUGGGGAUGAACAACUAGAAGCAGCUGUAGAAAUCGAUCAUCCGCCGCUUUACAAUUCAGAAUUUAAAGCCGAAUUAGUGGGUUCAUGCAACGGUUUACUCUGUAUAACCUACUCUGUCCAUAUCAUAUUCCUUUGGAAUCCUCUUACCAGAAGGCAUCAGAAGCUACCCGAUACGCCCAUUACACCUAUUGAGUUAUUUGAGUUUCCAGUCAGAUUUGAUUAUCACCCAAACAUUGUUUAUGGAUUCGGUUACGAUGCCACCACCGAAGAUUUCAAGCUGGUAAGGAUUGUGCAGUUCUACACUCGCUAUCAGCACUCUGACCGUCACUACUCUGGCCAUUCAGAGGUGAAGGUUUACUCACUUAGCACCAAUUCAUGGAGAAGGAUCAGGAGACUUGCCAUUCCAUCUCAGAUACAUUUUGGGAUCAGGACAUUUUUGCGAAUUCUUCUCUUCACUGGGUUAGCACCAAUAUUAAUUGCAAGUUUAUCGUUUCCUUUGAUCUUAAAGAUGAGGAGUUUCGAAAGGUGUCACCGCCUGAUUUUGCGAAAAAUAAGUUUCAUUGGGAUGUUUGGUUUCAUGGAGGACAAUUCUGUUUGCUCCAUACCUUUAACAGCAAUUUUAAUAUUGAGUGUAGCUUCUAAUGCUGAAGUUAUACUCACGAAUGAUGGAGAUGAAGAAGCGUUGUUCUUGCAUGAUCCCCUUAAAGGAGGAAGGGUUAGGAUUCUUGAUACAAGUGGUUGCAGGACUUUCAUAAAGACUUGCUUUGGGAAUCUCGUUCCACCCAAUGCCAAAGAUUGA